CCCGGGAUCCCACCUCGCGCCGCCCACCACUUAGCCGCAUUCCGCACCGCGGCAGGGCAGCCGCGCAUUGCUCGGCGCACGUCGUCGUCCGAAGAACCUGAUCUCGCCUCGGAUCUGACCAGGCCAGGUCGCGGGCCCGGAGAGAGCGGCGGGAUGGCGCAGCCGCGGGGCGGGGCCGCGGCGGUGCGGCUGCCGGCGAUGAACGCGCUGGAGAUCCUGCGGGAGACGGUGCGCGUGCUGCGCGCCGACCCGCACGCCUUCACCUACGUGCUCUUCCUCCUGCUCUGCCCGGCCUCCGGCUUCCUCCUCCUGUCCGCCGCCUCGCUCGAGGGCGCCGUCGUGCUGCCGCUCGCGCGCCGCCUCCUCGUCGCCGCGGCGUCCUCGGGGGUCCCCGUCACGCAUUUCGUCAAGCAGCUCGCGCACCACCUCGCCGCCACGCUCGUCGCCGCCGUCGUCUCCUUCCCGGCGCUCCUCACGCUCCUCCUCGCCGCCCGCGCCGCCGUCGCGUACACCGUGGCGGCCGUGUACGCCGGCAAGCCCCUCCCGGCCGCCGACCUCUUCCUCCUCGCGCGCCGCGCGUGGCCGCGCCUCGCCGCCACCUACGGCCUCUCGUGCGCCGCCGUCGCCGCCUGCCUCGCCACCUUCCUCGGCCUCCUCGUCACCGUCUGCUCCACGCUCAAGUCCAUGCUCUACCCGCCGGACAUUGUCGUCUGCGCCGGCCUCCUCACGGUCCUUGCCUUCUCCAUCGUGUACGCGCACACCAUCAUAGUGUGCAGCCUCGGCGGAGUCAUCGCCGUUCUUGAGGACGUGGCCGGGGUCAAUGCGCUGCGCCGGUCGGUGCAGCUGAUGCGCGGCCAAACCCAUGUCGGCCUGCUCAUCUUUCUUGUAUCCACCAUUGGUCUGGCCUUCGUCGAGGGGCUGUUUGAGCACAGGGUGAAGACCUUGAGUUAUGGGGAUGGCUCAUCUCGGCUCUGGGAGGGGCCAUUGCUGAUCCUCAUGUACUCUUUCGUGAUGCUGAUAGAUUCGAUGAUGAGUGCGGUGUUCUACUUCACUUGCCGGUCAUCGAGCUUGGCAAUUCUGGAUGAGGAGGGCGGCUCAGUCGAGGAGAUUGAGAUGAUGAUGGAUGACAAGUCAGAUGCAGUGAGGUGAUUAAGAAGAUUACAGGUUUCUUUCUCAAGGUGUAUCUGUUCAUAUUCUGGUGGGAAAUAAGUGAAGCGGGCAACAUCCAGUUUUUGCCAAGAUUGAAGGGUGUGGUCGUAUGGCCAUGAUUACACGCUUAAUGUGCCACGAUCGAUUCAUGUUCAUGGUGAAAGAAUCCUUUUGCAGUCAUUUGGGGUUCUCCGAGGCUCAUGUAAUGGCGCGGAUGCAAAAGAGAACCAGGGAAAACUUAGAUUGGUGUAUUCUUCAUCUGUCUCAGCAGUGAUCCGAGGGCUGGCAAUGUGUGUAGCAUUCUUUUGAAACGAUGUAACUAGUAUAUCAAUUCAAUUGCGGUGGAAUUUUGUCAUCUCAACACAUUUUUGGUUAUACGGAACAUAUUGUAAUACUAAGGUACCGAUGACUCUGAAACUUGAUUCAUGAAUCUGCACUUGAUCCGAAUUUAUUUUACAGUGACUUCAAGUCUGUCUUCUAAAUGAUGCUAAUUUUGAGUCUGAGACAUGGUAACCACAUAAGACAUGAAUUUCAUGCUUAUUUUGUUGACCUAUUCUUCCACUGCAGAAGUCUGAUGUGCCAACAUUACAGAUCACUGCCAUGUAAAAGUUCCUCUGAGACAUGGUUAAUUACUCUUCUUGCAUCAGAACUGGAGUUCUCCAUUUGCUCUGCUGGACUCUAGAAAACCCAGGUUCAAGAAAAAUGUCCAUGAUGAUUCUUGUGUUCUAUUUUCAUUGUUUAGUAAAAACUUUGUCAACUCUCAAGCUUAGAUUGUGCAUAUGAAGCAUCUUUUAUCUUGUUUAUUUACUAACGAUGCUUUCUCGAGGCGGUAGUUGAACUGGUAACCGCUGUUUUUAUAUGACAGAUGUACUCCUUUUCCAACCUUAGAUCAGGAACACGGUAUAUUGACUUCCA